GGUUGUUUGCCUCUCUAGUCCCCACUCCCCAUUAAAAGGGUCAGGUCAAGCUGGUUCCUUUGUCCUAAAAUCCUUUGUUUUUUGUGUUUCCCAAGAGGAAGAGAGGCAAGAAAUUUGGGGGUUAUACUCUCUGGUCUUCUUCAAAUGGAGGGUGAUUCUGAUUCCUAUGAGGAAGUGAAGGCCAAAGCUGGCGAGGAGCUGCCUGCUACUAAUGGAGCUGAUGAGAACAUGGGAUCUUGCAAGGAAGGGGUUCUUCCCUGGACCAACAGCUCCAGGCCUGCAACAAUGGCAACAUCUGGACCAAAUGCUACUGUCCCUACUUCAGAUCAGCUUACCAUCUUCUACGGUGGAAGCAUUCUUGUAUUUGAUACAAUUCCUGCAGAAAAGGUUCGUGAAAUUAUGCUUAUUGCUGCUGCUGCUGCAGUAGCCGUUAAACCUGCUGACAUGAAGAAGGCUAUCUCUGGCUCUCCAGCUGGUGGUACGCCUGUUCUUACUAGGUCUCCUUCACCGCAAAGCAGUACAAGUGCUCUGCCUUCACCACAAGCACAGGUUCUUCCAGUUCAUCAAGGCUUCUCCCUUCGCAAAUUGCAAGCUGAAUUACCAAUUACAAGGAGACAUUCUCUUCAGCGAUUUUUUGAGAAGCGACGGGACAGACUGUGCAGCAAAAGCCCAUAUCCCUCACCUCCUGCAAUGAAAAUGGCUGAAACCAUAAAACCUGAGUUCAGCGCUCAAGUUUCACCAGAUGCAGGCUGCUUUGGGAAGCCUCUGGCACCAGAAAGAGAAAUUCAACCAAAGGUUGCUGCCAACCUUGCUUAAAUAUGCACAAUAAGCUUCUGAUGUACAUGGAAAGUCUUAUAUCAUGUUAUAUUGUUAACCUUGCUCUAUGCUAGCAAAUUUCAAACAGUGCUGGGAAUGGUGAUGUUUUCUGUUGCUUCUGGAUGUAAUGGGGUAAAGGGAACAAUUUCUCAUUGAAACUAAUGGGAAUUUGUUCACAUGGUUGCCUCAUAGCCGAAAGCGACUGAAGUGUCAUACUGAACCGGUGCUUUUGGGACAACUAUAUGUUGUCUGCUUGUUGUGUGACUAUCUAAAGUGUAAUGUUGGCUAUUGGGAGACUUACUGCAUAUUAAUUUUAUACAUUAUGUGAUAUGUUAAACAUUUGCAAUAGCAAUAUAGCAUGAAUCAUUGAUAUUA